GAGCGGAGGUUGGAUCCAUUGAAUUUUGACGCUAUAACCCAACUCUGCAAGGAUACGAUGACAAUUUGAAUGAGAAACCCCUUCAUUUUGUGCACAACCAUCGAAAGAAGGGCUUAUGUGCUCCUCGCCGCUUGAUUUCCGACUCGGGGUGCUCAGUGUUGUCGGGGAAGAGUCCGUUUCAGCUGCACUGCAUCAACAUGGGUGUGAUCGGUGUGCAGCUGGUGGUUACCAUGGUAAUGGCCAGUGUAAUUCAGAAAAUCAUACCUCAUUAUUCCUUCGCAAGAUGGCUACUCUGCAGUGGCAGUCUGCGGUGGUAUCAGCACCCUACGGAAGAUGAGUUGAGGAGCUUAGCCGGGAAACAAAAAGGACAGAAGAGGAAAGACAGGAAGUACAACGGUCACAUAGACAAUAAGCCGCUAACAGUUCCCAAGGACAUAGACUUACAGCUGGAGACGAAAUGCAUCACAGAAGUCGACACGUUAGCAUUGCACUACUUCCCGGAGUUCCAGUGGCUGGUGGAUUUCACCGUAGCUGCUACUGUGGUCUAUCUGAUAACAGAGCUCUACUACAGCGUGGCUCAGGCCUCAGGAGAGAUGAACAUCAGCGUGGUCUGGUGCCUGCUAGUGCUCGCUUUUGUCAUUAAGACCCUUUUCUCUCUAACGGCGCACUACUUCAAGCUGGAGGAAGGAGGCGAGCGUUCACUCUGCAUUACUUUUGCUUUCUUCUUUUUUGUCAAAGCCAUGGCCAUUCUCAUUGUCACCGAAAACUACCUGGAGUUUGGUCUGGAGACAGGCUUUGCAAACUUCUCUGACAGUGCUCUACACUUUCUGCAGCACCAGGGCUUAGAGUCCCAGGGUCCCAUAUCUAAACUCACCUUCAAGCUGAUCCUGGCCCUGCUCUGCUCCCUGAUUGGAGCAUUCCUAACUUUCCCUGGUCUACGAUUGGCCCAGAUGCACCUGGAUGCACUCAAUCUGACCACAGCCAAAUUUACACAGACUCUGCUUCAUAUCAACUUCCUGUCCCCUCUUAUCAUGGUCCUGCUGUGGGUGAAGCCCAUUACCAAGGACUACAUAAUGAACCCCACUCUGGACAAGGAGAGUGUGCCUUUGAUGACGGAGCAGACGUAUGAUACCUUGCGGUUAUGGACCAUCAUACUGAUGUGUAUACUCCGGCUCGCUAUGAUGAGACAUCAUUUGCAGGCCUACCUCAACCUGGCCCAGAAGGGUGUGGACCAGAUGAAGAAGGAAGCAGGACGGAUAAGUACUGUUGACCUGCAGAAGAUGGUUGCACGUGUUUUUUACUACUUGUGUGUAAUCGCACUACAGUAUGUGGCGCCGCUGGUGAUGCUGCUGCAUACGACUUUGCUGCUAAAAACCUUAGGUGGACACUCCUGGUGGGUCUAUCCUGAAGAAGACCUUCCUUGCACCCAUGAAAUGAACUCUGUGAUGGGGGCGGCACCAACGGCAGCCCCGACACCAGCUUCAGUGGUGGAAACGGGAGCCCGGGCGUCGGUAGCCCAGCUGUCAGUGGCUCUGGGAGGCCUGCGGACUGUCUUCAGCCCCUUGCUUUUCCGGGGCCUCUUCUCCUUCUUUGCUUGGUGGAUUGCCGCCUGCCUCUUCUCCACCUCCCUCUUUGGCCUCUUCUACCAUCAGUAUCUCAUGGCGGCAUAGCAUCACCAGCCCAGCAGUGGCAGCCAGACCCCCUCAGUGCUCCUGCGUGUUCGGGCCGAUCGGAAAGGACUGAGCCGGGGCAACAGAGGCCUAUUUAUGACUCUGCUCCACAAGUCCUCCUUUCCCUCCUCCCUCCACUGACCACCUCGCAGUGACUGAGCAUAUCAUCCGAGCUCCUGGUUCAACUUCCAGUGCUUCCACCACAGUUGACUCUGUGAACUCGUCAUUGUUUUUACUACAACAACGACCACUACCUUUUUAUUUGGAGAGCAGGAUUUAUAAACCUUAAUAACAGACAGACUAAAGUAUGAGUGAGAAUAAUAUUAAUCCGUGUCAGAGGUGUCACGCCACCGUAAAGAGAAAUUGUUCCUGUUUUCUGUAUGAAAUUUGAAUGACUUGAGGUAAAAUACUGUAUCUCAGAUGCCGAUUUCAAUUAAUUCUGUAUGUUGAAAUGUGGUGUGGCAGUUCGGUUCCACCAGUUUUCGAUCCAUCAACAUCUCCAGAUUCAGCCCUAAAUGCAGACUCUUACAGCUUCAUGCACGUCCAGAUUUCAGGUUGUUGUCUUGGCUCCUAUAAACCAGUUUUGAACAUGAAUUAUUUUACAGACUUAUCCAGGAAAAACAUCUGGAGUUACUCUUCAUCACUAAAUACAUGCUGUUAAUUUUUUUUGGUUGGUGCUUAUUUGCCCGGCCUUGUCUUAAAGAGUCAUGCAGCUAUCUAUAUUCCAGUAGGCAUCAAAGUUCAUGAUACUGCUAAUUUCUAACAGUGAGAGAUUGUACAGAAGCGACAUUUAGGUCACAGAAUAUCACUGAAUCUGAAGAUGUUCAUGGAGGCUUAUGUAUGACUUCAUAUAUAAGCAUCAUAUUGUUUUUCCUCGUCUUUUCCUGCGUUUCGGGGGAGCUGAUAACUGCCAUGCAUGUGCCCCGUGUUCGUCUUUUGAUCAAAACUUUCAAAUGUGUGCUCAAGCAAAACAGCUUGUAUUACUCAAGUGUCUGAAUUCCAUUGCCACGGACCACAAAAGUGUCAGAGUCUUAAAGUUUUGCGGCAAGGACCAAUGCGUCUCUGUUUGCAGGAGGAGGAGGAGGAGGAGGAGGGAGGAGCAGCCUGUGGAUAUUCGCAGAAUGGCUGGUUGGGUAGAGCUGCCAUGCAGCUAACCAGGGUGAAGAGAGUGGACAAGAAGAAGAAGAAAAGUAGUACCUGCAGAGGAGGAAGAGGAGGUGUGGAGACAUCUCAUUGACUUGAAGCUGAUGUAUUUAAACGUGUCUAAUUGAAGUUGCCAUCAAGGACAAACGGGAGGCGAUCCGACAGAUUUGUGAUGUUUCAUGUGCGUUGUGACCUCCCUGGUUUUAUCUGAGCCAUUUUAGAAGCUAGGAGAGAAUCUGAAGCUCUUUUUUUCGGAGCAGCAGCAGCGAUGAUUUAAAGGGAGGGCAGCACUUGGGGCUCAGUCCAGGUAUGUGCUUGUGUCUGUGUGUCUGUCUGCAUGUGUAAGAUCUCUGCUCUGGGUCAGCUGUAAUCUGAAAGGGCAUUGUGAUCAAGAGGAGAUGAUGUCAACUACUGUUGAUAAGAUACCGCCUUUAUGUUCUGCUUUCCUUUUUUUUAAAGUCUUUCUCCCAUCCUUUGCUUUUAAACUCAUUUGAGAACAAUCUUUUUUUUUUUUUUUCCUUUUUCUUACGGAUCAAAUGGUGAAUUUGUAAAAGUUAAGUUUUUUUUUUUAAAUGGUGCCAAGUGAGUGUGUCCCCCUGUCCCAGUGUCUGUAGAUUUGGUGUCUGCCAGCGUCAUCUGGACUACAACUCUGCGGCCUUCCGUUUUCUGUCGAUCCAUCUCGAUCAAGAGAAUCACAAGCUCUGGUACACAUAACAGUACUCACAGUGUCUCUGCAUACUGUGAUUCUUCGGUGGGUAAAUGUACGCACAAACAAUCAUCGUGCUCGUGAAGCACUGGCCCAAUAUGAUUGUCCAGCCUAUUCAGGAAUGUCGGGUACGCGGCGCCGGACCACACAAUCUGGUGGCUUCUCAUUCUGUCGUUUAUUAUAUCAUAGCGCUGUGAUUUGUGGAUUCCAGCUCUGUGAGUUUUGUACAGAAAACAUUUUACAGAGUCGAGCAGCACCAUAUCACAUUUUUACGGUCCUGAUGUUGAGAGUUUUCGGUUGCGUCUGUUUUAAACGAUGGGGCAUAUGCACAUAAUGAAUGUAUCAAUCCUGCCUAAUUUCUAGAUUGUUUUCAUGAAAGUGAUUUGUACGGUGAGUUGAUUUAACACCCCCCCCCCCCCCAUCCCCGCACUUCCUCUACUCAUUUUUCGUCUACUACCAUCUCUUAAAUCUACCUUUCUUUCAAACAAAAUCUAAUUUGUCCUAAUGACUAUUUUUAUUGAUUAUCUUUGUUUUUGUAUUUAUUACACAUGUCGAGGCCUGUAAACAUUUCUAAUUUUAACAGCAAACACUUUAUUUUGUUAUUGGAUUAUUGGAGUGCAUGAUGGCUGAAGUCGGUUUUAAAAACGUGUUUGACAAAUCAUUUACAGAUUAACCUUUUUUUUUUUUUUUUUUGGUAAUGUCUGGUCCGUUAAGAAGUAGCUGGGAUACUCAGAAUUCAGUGGCCUAACGAGGCAUUGUUUCUUCUGUUUGCGACCACUCGAAGGGUUUCUUAUUCAUUGUUGGGUUCACAAAGUAAAUUACACACAUUGUUGUUCUUUCAUGUAUUUAUUUCUGCUUUAGAUUUUGUCUUAAAUAAAUUAUGUUCUUUACUAUGUCCUUUUUUUGUUUUAAUCCUUGUGCACCAUUGUCUUCAUGCAUGGCUUUAACAGUUGCGCAGCAGGGAGAUGGAUUCGUUUGCGAAGCUUUGGAUGCGUUUGUGACCUACUGGUAAAUUCAAAGCAAGGAUCUAUCCAAUGUAGAAGCAUGUUUUUUUUGUUGUUUUAUUUUUUUGCCAGCUUGCAGUCCCGGAGAAGCAGAAAUCUCGGAUGGAUUUAUUGGUCACACUCAUUAAAUGCUGCAGAUGACUAAAGAGAGAAACUGAGGUUAGAUAUUUAAUAGCUCCAUAUUCACUUUGAGUUUUGUAGGGCAAUAAAUUACCAAAACGACAGUCAGUAUUCCUGUUGAAGCUUGAUGAUAUAUGCUCCCUUACAAGAGAAGAACUUCAAAAAUGAUGCCUCACCAAAGACUGUUUGUGAAAAAGUCGACAGACUCCGUCUGUCUCUGCUUCCUCACUCUCAUUCUCUCCUUCCCUCCAAAUCAUGCCAAGACGAGUAAAAGUCCUUGAAAUGGGGUUGAGAACAAAAAGCACAUUUUUUGGCAUUUGCGUCGGA